AUUGAUAUUUCGAUAUGUUGAUACGCACGGGCAAGUGUCAAACUAUGUGUCAAAUGCAUAUAAAUUAAAGGAGAAUGGACUUCGAGAGUCCUGAUGUUGAGAAGGAAUUUCCCGGAUUGUACGCAUCCGAAUCGGCGAGGAAAAGCAAUGAGAGUGAUUUCAGUGAUGAAGGCAAUCACGAUAAGCAUUCCAAGAAGGACCUUUUGGGUGGAAAGCGUAAGGACAAGAAAGAUCGAAAGGACAGGGGUUACGCGACGCUAGAGGGUGAGAGCUCCCCCGACGAGGAUCAGGAAACCAAAAGUCCUUCGAAAUCAAAAAAGACCAAGGCCUUUAAAUUCCCAUCUAAAAAGGAGAAGCGAGAGAAAUCACGAGAGAAGGAAGCGAAAGAAAAAGAUGCUGAAAAGGAGAAGGAUAAAAAGAAGAAAGAAAAGGAUGAGAAGGAUGUAGACAAGGAAAAGCGAAAGGACAAGGAUAAAGACAAAUCCAAACAAAAAUUAAAGGAUAAAGGAAAAAAAGGAAAACAUGAAGGAUUAGAUAUUGGUGAGGAACAACCAAUUUUCGGUGUUAGUCUUCAUCUGGCAAUUGAAAGGAGCUGUUGCCAUGAUGGAAUCGAGUUACCCUUGGUGAUACGAGACUGCAUAGAUUACGUGGAAGAGCAUGGGAUGAAUGUGGAGGGCCUGUACAAAGUCCCCGGGGUAAAGUCAAAGGUUCAGCACCUGAAAAAGUUAUACAAUAACCGAGAGCCGGUGAAUAUAUCCGAGUUCGAACCUACGGUAGCUACGAGCUUAUUGAUACUCUUUCUUAGAGAGUUACCAGAACCCGUACUGGAGAACAGCGAAACAAUAUCGCGCUUCGAGCAGGCAGCAUCGACCAAGGACGUCGCGCAGCGAGAAGCGCAGUUGGUCCAGUUGACACAACAGUUGCCGGAAUGCAACAGGAUUCUUCUGGCAUGGGUCAUUUUACACUUGGACAAUGUCACAGCGCGAGAGAAAACAACAAAAAUGAACGCACAAACAAUCUCAAUGACGUUAAGUCCAGUUUUGCAAAUGAGUCACAGAUUAGUACUGGCUUUAUUGUUUCACUGCAAGGCUUUGUUUCCAAAUGUACAAUUGACAAAAUAUGUGCCACCGUUAUCGUCCGGCAGUACUAAUCUGCCGGAUUCCGUGGAGGGUAUAGCCGCAGAAUUGUCCAAACAAGAGUCGUUACUUUCCCAAAUUCACAUGCAAAUGAAUGCCGGUUUUGUAACAAAAUCUCGUGAGGAACAAUUGUGGGAGGUGCAACGAAUGAUAACGCAAUUGAAGAGAAAAUGUAAGACUGUUCAAAAAUUGGAAGGUGCUACACAAAAGAGUCUCGAUGAAGAAAUAAAAUCAACCGAUAAUAUUCUAAUAGAAUCUACCUCGCAGAAGCCAAAGAUUAUAGACGAAGAUUCCGGACAAGCAAUACCCAGUGACACUCAAUUGUCAACCAACUCUACGUUAAUAAAAAAAGAUAGCAAACUGCACAAUGCAGAAGAAACAAAAGAAAAGUGUUCUUGCUCAACAGGUACCAGUGCAAAUGCUGUGCAAAAUGAACAAAAUGUAACAAACGUACAAGAAAAGGACGCGGUCGAUUCCGCAGUUGAGGCAACAGUAACACCGCAAGAAUCUGACAGCAUAACACCGAAUGACAAAGUAAAUGAGCCUGAAGAAGAUGUCAUAGACAAAUUACGAGAAAGAUUGAUUCACGAGGAACUUUUAAAUAUGCAAGCGUUAUUAAAGUCUCGCAUCAGUCAGGAAAGAAAUGAGAUCAAACGAUUGAUGGAGAUGCUGACAGAACGCGGUACAAGGGAUGAGAAGAAGAAACCUAAAGAGAGAACACAUUCUCCUAAUGAAGCCGAAAUGACAGCCAUGAUACAGCUAGUUAAAGAGAAUCAAUUACUCGAGAAGAAGAUGACGACGUUAAUACGUAGUAUUAUCGAGGAGAAGGAUGCGUGUGUGGAGCUGCGUGUACAACUGGCAGUGCAUCAAUUAAUGGCCAAAACUUGACCACAGACUUCCUAGCGAUCGCAUCGGAAUCACAAUAUCUCUACGCUAUAAAGAUAUGAUCUGACAUUACGUUUUUGCACAUAAUGACCAUAUAUAGUUUAUAUAACAUGUUACAAUUAUCACAUGUACCAUUAACUCGUUCGAUUCUUCCGUGAAGUAAUAAAAUAUACAAAAUGCAGCCGAAACUUUUA